GAUUCAUUUCACAAAAAAACGGUAAAAAAAUAAUCGAGCUCUGAGAAAAUGGGAGCRAUCCGUCCMACGUACUUCUAAGAUUGGGAAUCCUACCGUAUUCAACCGCAUGAGCCCCUUCUCCGAGACCUGGGAACAGAAACAUCGUUGCCAAUCAUUGUACUUUACAGAAGCUAUUUGAUGAAAAAUCUGUGAUAACAACCACCGACGAGAAGACGCAAAACAGGUUUGUUCGCAAUGCCAUAUUCGRCCGUCAACCGUGGCUCGGUGCAUCACAUGAAUUAUUGUAUCAAGGUUUUGGUGAYAACCAUUUGCCUUAUUUCGAUUAGAGAGGUUCUCCUGGAACGCUAUCGACGAAAGGUAAUGCAAAUAUUGUCAACUCCGAUAGAACUGCGACAGCAUGGGUAUUUGUCACCGCCGGUUGCAUUCAAAGUAGCCGAUAAACGCCACAAUUCAACAAACGACAAAUCUGCUACAUCAGCACACACAAAUGAUAGCAAAACGGAGACCAACGAAGACGUCAAUCAGAUUUCUGACGAAGAUUUCAACAACGUCCUUUGGCCUCAGAUCCGACAAAAGCUUUGUCCAGGCGGAGUUCCAGAUCAUUCGCUAGGACCGACCUUGUUCGACUUGGGGAGAAAAGAAAUGGGAAUUCCUGGCAMAAGCGACAGCAGUGCACGGAUGUUCARCAAUAGAAGCGUUAAGAACCGAAAGAAAGGACGAACAUUCACAGAAUUCUUUUACAGCGGUGACUUUGGCUUUACGGUUUUUAUCGAUGGCCAGGAUCCAACGAACACCGUGUUCUAUGCACCCAUUUGGAAAUGUGCCAAUGACCAAAUCCAUUCCUAUCUGCACCAAAUCUUCAAUCGAAAGUCUAGCGGCGACGUCCGGCGCCCGGAUUUACCAGUAGGCAACGACAACGACUUUUAUCUGGAAACACUGAAAUACAGUAAGAUGUCUCGUCUUUUUGGCAAACAAAUGCGUUCGAGUCUCCAGGAUUCAAAGGAYGGAAAAMUGGGYGAUAACCAGAACCAAACUUCCACGGCUACAACGAAUAACGAUGGUGGUGACUAUUACUUUCGCUUCAAUCAAACCGAGCGAGACAAGCCCUGCAGUUUUACCGUUAUUCGUGACCCAGUGAGUCACUUCUUAUCGGGAUACAACGAGGUAGAAUUCCGCUUGAUAACUGGAGCAAGUGACGCACCACCGGCAUCUAAGCAYGAUGAGCUUGCGCCCUAUUCUCGAAUYUCGGUCUUUGAAAAUGCGAGUAGUAGCAAUGCCGGUAGUGAAGAGCACGAGAGCGCUUGGAUCAACGGCAACCACACGGCAUCUCGAAAACUUCGGGAAAAGCGGUUCGAGCGGUUUGUCCGGGAUGUCCUGGAAGARCAUCCUUCCUUCGUGGACUUUCCUUACUACAUUCACUUUGCAUCCAUGACGAGGAUAUUGCCAACGCUGUCGAGAUUGGAUUUGCUUCCCGCGCCCGCACCAUCCUUGCCAUCAUCCUCGUCUCCGAAAUCACCGAAUUCAAACAAUGGCAGCAACCACCACUGGUUUGUCCCUACCCUCAAGAACCUCACGGAAACCUUCCCGGCGUUUCUGGCGCGKAGGUGUCCCCGCGUUGCCGUCAACUACAACCGACAAGCGAAGGGGACCGACGGGCACGGGGAAGGGCUCCACUCGCUGCCGCCGAUGCCGGUGAGGGGGAAGCACGCAAGCUCGGAAGACCGAUACGGAACCUACCGUGCGGCAAAGGAUGUUUGGAACAGGGGCGGAGAGGUCGCCCGGUCUCUCUGCCAGUUGCACGCCAUCGACUACGCGUGCUAUUCCGGAAGCUACGACAACGAUGGCGACUACGGGGGAGGCGCGAUGCUGCAUGGAUUGGAGAUACCUCCGGUGUGCCGCGACGUCUAUUCCAGCGACGUGUUUCUGGACGCRAUUCUCUAGCGGCCGUCUCGAUCCGUGGGUUGAYCCAAAACGCUGGCAGACCCAAACACGAAUGCCAAUCUUAGGUAGUUUUGUUGGUACACAUACUAAUUAAGCUUGCACUCUAAA